UUCAUCCAUUUGUCUAUUCAUUCCAUCCAUGAUCUAUUCACCAUCCAAGUGAAAAAAGAAUAUUUUUUGUGAAAGCGUAGCGCAUUUUGUGACUACUGCGUUUAAUUAUAAUUUUGUUUUUGAAGAUAAUCACGAUUUAAUUAACAAAAGAUGUGCAUGAAUUCUUCAUUUUCAGGAAUAUCUAAGUGAAGACUAAAUUGGUGACAAAAUGGUGUCGACGAGGCAAAUGAGCAGCGUCGGAGGAGGCAAUGGGGGCAGUGAUGGUGCAGGUCCCUCUCACGCGGAGCCUGUGGCAGUGUCCCGCGUCACUCGUCACUCUAGCGCCUUGAUGCCUGGAGGUUCUUCUCCGCACGCCAGUACCUCCAAAUGCAGUUUACUGCCGGCCCCUAAGACCUACACUACUAAUAUACUUGAUUUACCAGUUGAAGUUAUUGAAAAGAUUAUUUGCUAUCUGGGCUUCAAAAGUGUUUCACAAAUCAGAAUGGUUAAUCGGCAGUUCAAUUCAAUUUGUAGUAGUAUUCUGAACUCUACAUUUCAACGUUUGCAAAACCAGAUGCUGCAUAGAUUUCAAUCAAUCAAAGCAAAGAUGCCUCGCAGAGAAUCUGCCCGUCGGAGCCAUCCCUUAGCUUGUGAAUCAGACAUUAUAGAGACCUUGCAUAUGAGACUCAGCCUUUUGCAAAUGACUUUUGGCAAACACAUUGAACGGAAACAUUGCUGUUUUUUCCCAGGAGAGAUAUUAGAUGAAGUAUACAGUAUUCUCUCAUACUUAAAAACUGCGACGAAGCUGGCGAGACCCUACAAAGUGACUGAUGAACUCUUUGAUCUGACGACAAUGGCUAUGGAAUACUUUAAGGAGCACAUUGAACCCAACUUGCCAGAGAUUACUUACUUUGGAACGGAUUUCUUCGAUAUCACUACAGCGUUUUCGCCUGGCGAAAGUAGUAAAUCUUAUAUAUGCUUGGACUCGCCACCACCGAGUGGCUUUGAAUCGUCGUCAUCGCAACAGACUGGGGCGAAUGUGUCGGACCGUCGUGUGUCCUCACUUAACAUGUAUAUGGAGGAGAGUCUUCCGCCGUCUCCACCACCGCCACAGAGCAAUAUGGUUCUAAGAAAACGGAUACAUCGCAUUAAACAAGGAAUGAAAAAGUACAAUGAUCAGCUGUCAGCAUUGCGUAGUGACCUCCGCAGUUGCAAGCGUAAAACCGCUCUUCAGCAAAAGCAAAUUGCUGAGCAACAAAAACAAAUUGCUGAACAACAGAAGCAGACCUUGGAAUAUGCCAACCGCCUUGAUGAUUAUGAUAAGAAGAAUGAAGAAACAAGCCGCAAGUUUCAGACUUUGUUGCAGGAAUUAAACAAGUGUAAAACGGAGCUACAAUACUGGCGGUCCAGGUCUCCAGCCGUUCCACCGCUAUGUGCUGAAUGCGGUGCGUCGCUACGUUUGUCGCCGGCUCCCUCACUAGCACAGUGGGCAGCCGGUACAAGUUCGGAGCCGACAGAGGCUGAAGUGACCGCAGCUGAUGCGGAGGUGGUUGCUGCCACCAGUGCGGUCCCAGAGACCACCACAGAGCUGCCGCGCGCUGACCUUAAACUAGAACCUAAGGCUAAAGUUGAAUCUAAACCUGAACCUAAAACCAAACCUGAGUUGAAAGUUGAAACGACAACGAAAUGUAAACCUGAGCUUAAAGCUGAAACCACUAGUAAAUCUAAACCAGAGCCGAAAGCGGAGAGUAGUAAUACGGAGUGCAUGGCGUCCACACCGCCCACUCGGCGUCGCGCGUCUGCGGACGCGGCGGGCGCCACGCCGGAGCGCAAGAAGCGUCGCCUGACGCGGCCGCGCAAGCUCUGAGCCAGCCGCGCGCCCCGGCCUGCCCGAGCGCCCGCUCGCCGCGACUCGCGUCGAGUGGAACAAUCUCGAAUCUUUGGUGAGUCGGAGUAUUCUUGUUACAUCUGCGGCCCGAUGUAAUGACAAAAAUGAGGACCCUGAAUUUCAGAUGCGCAACCAGUAGCGCAAUAAUCUUCAUCCACUUCCCGUAACUUGACAGUGGAUUUAACACAAUAACCAGUCACAUAUAUUUAUUUGUCAACUUGCAAUGCCAAUGGUUUAUUCAUUGAGCAUUUUACGUGGGUUUUGUUUUACUGCACUUAUUAGCUUCGUUGGAUCAAGGACAUGUGUCGUAUUUCGGGGUCUGAAAAGAAAUGAACUGAAUAGGCUUACCUAUUCUUUUAAGAUUACUGGCUAAUGGGUAUUGUACAUGAGUAUGAUUGAUUGUAUAAGCAGUCAUGUUGGUGUAGAAUCCAAUAAAUGAUGGGUUAAUUGGAAAGUGUGUGUUGAUAGUGUUAGAUUGAAUGUUAUAUUUGGAGCGGGGUCUCCUUGUAAACCCGCUUUUGACGCGGGCUCGCCUAGACCAGGACAUUGUUGAGUAAUACUAAAACUUUAUGUACGUACGUCGAUCCGCAGCCAGUAACCAAUAAAUUCCUGAGUCCAUAAAUGUUGCAUUCACUCAUAGUAAGUAUAAAGUAAUAUUUUAUAGAUUUAUUGGAAUUUAGUAGUAUUAAAUUGGUUAAUAUUCGGAAAAUAUGGUAAUACUUGCUAUGCACACAUAAUAAUUUUAUUAACUGACCAGAGUAUUGUUUCUAUUUUUAUUUAUGAAGCAAAAUUAUACUCUUAAACAAUUUUUUCCAUGUGUAUAGUAAUUAUUAUUGUUUUAUAAAAUUCCGUUUUAGUUUUUUUUUUUGAAGCUUAGUUUAAUUAAAGAUUUGCAAUUUACUGCUGAGUUGUGAAAGUAAGUGGGCCAACCAUAAACAAACUAAAAAUCUAUCUUCCUUUUAUUUAAUGAUACUUGCAUUUCUUCGUAAGUAAAAUUACUGAUAUUCUAAACACUAGAGAUUUCAUUGCAACAUCAUACUACAAAAAUAUUUCAUGUCCUACAAUCUUUGUUUUUUUGGUUUGUUUAUGUUGAUCCAUGGGUUCAGAUGCAUGCAAAUAAUAAUGUUCAGGGCAGUAUUCAUAUACCAAAUGGCUAAAUAGAUUUCUUUAUGAUGAGAUAUGAUAUGUUAUAAAUUAUAAAACAUAAUGUCUUAAGUGCUGGUCAAUGCUUACAAUAUUGGGUCUUUGAGGAGAAUUACCAACAAUGUGUCAUUUGUAUUAAUUCAAUAAUAUGAUAUGUUUAUAUCAGUAAAUAGUAAACACAGGUGUUAACACAAUUUGGGAAAUAACAUAAGUGUUAUUACAGUGAACAUGUAUGUGGUUUAUUUUCUCUGAUCUCAUAUAGGUAUCACAUUAACAAGGACACAAUGUCUCAGUUCACCUCAAAGAUGCAAUGAACUUAUUCUGUUAAACUUAUGUUUGAGUAAAACAGUGUUACUUCUAAAUAACAGUCAGAGCAUCACAAGUAGUAGAGAACUACAACACUGAACUGGUGCUGUGGUGGUUAUUCAGAGGAGUACAAAUAUUUUUAGUUUGUAGGUUUUACAGCCCUGAUUAUUUUAAUUUAGUAAAAUAGGUUUUGAAAAGGAUUGUGAAUAGAGAUGAAGGUUGAAUGUUGUGUUUAUUUGUAAAUAUUCUAAAAGUAAAAUCACAUGUGUAAUGUACAAAUGAAUAUAUAUUUAUGAUUGUAUAAAUAUACAACAGUGUAAAUGAAAUAUUUUUGUGACAUGGUGUAUAGUUAGGUGACAGUAGAUGUGGCAUAAAUAUUUUCCAUACUAUUGUGUUAAGAGAUGUGCUCACGGGCUUCACACAAUUUUUGCAUCAUGUCACUUAACAAUCUACAAACAUAUCAGCCAAAUUCAUCGAGUCAUCGUCGUGCAGGUUACCCGAACUUAAGCACUUAGUUCACUAUUGUAUUCUGUAUCAAAUACGCACAAGUACUACAUAUAUUUAUAUUGACAGAUUCAUUUAUUUAAUUUGCUGUUUGUGAAUCAUUCACCUUUAAUUGCGUUUGUGGUUUUCAUACUACAUUAUUAUGUACAUAUUACUUCUAGUGCAUAUAGUAUACAAAUACAUAUUUCCGAUUUAUAUACAGAAAUCACGAGUACAAAUAUUUUUCGUUAUAAUGCCACCAAGGCUUCUUAUGUUUCAGUAGCAGUUGUGUAUUGAUUUACAACAUUAUUUUACUUAGUUAUUAAUACGAUACUUCGAACAAUACAUACAAUAUCUUAACUUCUAGGUGUAUCUGUAAUCACAAGCAUAGUAUCCAGGUGAAAUAAGUCAAAUUCGCCUAUUUGGACAAUAAGCAAUGUUAGUUACCAAUUAUCUGCCACUGUAGAGAUGCAUUAGGAAAAUAUCUAAUGAGUAAAACUUCGAGAUGCUUGUCGGCUACUACAUAAGUGCUCGUAUAAUUACACCGAAGCGUAACAUUUGUCUGAAUAAAACGCUAAUGCGUAUUCGUGCAUGACAAAGUUACUUUCGUGGACACCUUUGCCAUGUUAUAUUUGUGUAUAUAGUUCAAUAUUGUACAUACUAUGUAUGCUGUGUGUAGGACUGUAGAUUGUUUCACAUUCUUAGAGUUGUAAGGCAAGUUAUAGAAUAAAAGAAGUACACGGAUUAUUUUAAUAUUUCUCAAUGUAUUCUAAUUGAGUGAAUUGAAGCCAGACGAACGUCUGGUGUAGACUCGGGUUGUGUGCCCCUGCUUGUGACUUGCCGAUUGCGCUGCAACCAAAAUGUUGCCAGUUCUGUCGGCAGUAUUAUUGUGUACUUUUUAUAAGGCAAUAUUCAUUUAAUGGCUAUGAUGUUUCAACGACCUAAUAACGAAGUUUUAUAAAGUAAUGCUUAUCAUUCUCAGAAACUCGGUACAUACUAAUUGGACUAUUUUCUUUUAUAAUUUAUUUUAAAUGUUGAUUUCCUAUUAAAGGUGAAUGUUACAAAUGAGUUUAUUAUCAUUUAGCCAAUUUAUUAGAGUACACUGUGUACAUAAUAACAUACUUAGGUUAAGUAGUUCACUUGAAAUUAUUUUUCAAAGUGCAUCAAACGGCGAAAUGCGAUCUACAUUGAUUUUAUUAAUCGCGUGGGAAAUUUUCCCGUCAUGUUACAAAUGAUUAAAAUGUAUAAUAAUAGUAGUUACUUUAUAUUAUAAUAAUAAUUUCGUGUCGAGUUUAUCUUUGAAAGUGUUCCAUUAUGCUUAAGUUGAAUUUUGUAAGGAAUAUAAAUAUAACAACUGAAUUGUAUUGAGGGAAAAUCUGGAGAGUCAACUUGAUGAUUAACGGCCCAAAUUAAUAACAGAUCUUUAUCCAAAAGCUCUGGCUACAAGUUUUGUCAGAAACUCCAUACACCUACUUUAAAAAAUUGACCUUAAUUCGUAGAUUUUGGAUUGAGAUUGGCUAUUAAUUUCGACCGUAAAUAUAUUAUUGUGGCAAACGAGAUGUUAUGUAUGUGUUGUAGAGCUUAAUGAAUUUAAAUUUUAGAAUGUUACUUUAGACGAAAACGAUUUGAAGUGAACAUAAUUGUGCCUAAAUCAGUUAAGUACUUAAUGUCCUUGUCAAAAGUUGUAAAAUAGCGUGUGGACCGCUGUAAGCCACGUCUUAUGUACAAUAUAAAAGUAUUUUUUAUUCACAAUCUCUUAAUUACUCAAGAUCUAACAUUAUGCAUUAAACAAAUGCAAUGAUGUACUACCAAACUGUUUGAGGUAGUAAAAACUAUGUGUUCUCGCCAGCCGUUGUAAAAAUCACUUUAAGCAUUGUGAGUUGAUGUUAUGCUCCAUAAACCUUACAAUAUCGAGUUAUGAUGUGAGACAUAUUAUUCCUAAUACUGCUACGUACCUACUUACAUUACAAACAAAUAGCAUGUGCAAUGUACACGCCUGUAGUUCUGAUAAAGAAUAAUUAUAUUGAUGUUACACUUCUCUUGAUAUAUCAAGCUACUUACUGCAUUUUUCUGUAAACCUUCAGUGUUCUAUUUUUCUUGAUUCAAUAGUGCAAUACUUACACAAAUACAUCCAUUCAAUGGUGUUAUUUUGGCAAAAUAUGCAGUUUAUAUUCUUCGAAACUUUAAAAUAGACGCGAUAGGGCUGUAAAUUAAGGUAUAAAUUAAUGUUGUUAGAGAAGUAAAUGAUGUCCUGCCAUGUGCACUGAAUGCAUUACAGGAGUUUUAUGUUGUGCUCUGGCAAGUGUGUACAACCAGCAAGACUGUCAAUUGCUGUAGAUAUUCUCUUUAUGAUAGUUAUAUGAUAUAGUAUUUUUAUUAGACAAAAAUACAAUAAAUGUGUGAAGUCCAA